AUGCGGAUUAAUAUUUUAUCUUAUCUACUUUCACUUUCGACCGAACUGACGUGGAUGGCGAGCAGAAAGUGUCAACAUGUAGCUAGUUUUUGGAAGUUUUAGCUUUAAUAAUGGGGGAGACACGCAAGACGGGAGGGAAAAUAUUAGUUUAUUUACAAUGUUAUUUUGUGACAAUAGCCACGAUACUCGGAACUGGAAUAUUAGGCCUGCCAGUUACUCUAAGUAAAUCAGGAAUAUACCCAUUCUUGGUAUCAUUUGUGUUUGGGGCAUUGAUGCAGAUGCUGACAGUGUACUUUUUCACAGAACUUCUUCAGUUGGCCCAUGUCUCCCAGAUCCACGACUCAAAGGAGGAGUUGGUGCCAUUGAAUGAUCUGCUGGCGGAUGAGACGUGUGAUGAGCUCGAGGAGGAGGAUGAGACCAGUGAGUCUGUACUGGCAGGUCAUGUGAUCUUACCCAAACAGGCCAGCACCCAACCCCCAAACCUCCAUCUCCUGGGAGAGCUGUUCCUCAGCUGUGGACUUGUUCAGGCCUUUGACAUCAUCCUGGUUCUACAGUUUGUUGCUCUUUUGAUUAGUUACUCUUUAGCAGGAAGUGAAGCAUAUGCUCAAGUUUUAGGAAUCAAUUACGUCUACGUGAUCCCGGUGUUCGUGUGGGUGCUGACCUUCCUCAUCGUCUUCGCCCUACAGCUGGUCCAGCCCCUGGUCUCUGUUCUUACCUUCUUCAAAGGUUCUCUCUUGCUUGGAACAGUUGCAGUAACAUUUUAUGUUGGGUCAGAAAUAAACAGAGAGAUUCACAAUGACUUCUCAGCAUUUGGAGAACCAUUCUUAAUGGGAACAGUGGCACUGGGUGGUGUUGUGAAUACAAUGCCUCUGAUGUACAGCAAGAUCAGUCCGGUUAAGAACCAGAUUCAGAAUUUCCGUCUCUCUGUGAACCUCGGUCUUCUGACCUGUACGAUACUCAACAUUCUGUGGUGCUGGGCAGUGCUGGACAUUGUUCCCCAGUUGUCUACAUUCCAGUGUGCCUCCAACACACAAUCUACUGAAUCUCAAGGAAAUCUAUGUCAUAGCAAUAUUUCUCUUCAAAGAUCAGCAAGUGAAGGGGAAAUCUCCACAAUUCCUUUGACUGAGAUUAUCAAGGAGCGAUACCCUUCCUUUUCGUGGGUUGCUUUCCUGAUUGAGCUGUUUAUUAUGGUCAGCAUCACCGUCUCUUUCCUGACUGUGGGAGCAGUUCUUCACCACACCUUACUAGGUUGGCUUCAAUCAGCAUGGAAAAAAGAUAAGCUGACAGAAUACAGAACACAAACCAAACUGAAAGUGAGGUGUAUAAACGCCAAAUGUUUUUGCAGUACAGUUGUCUCCCUUGCAGUGUUUUGUGUUGUGUUUGGUGUAUCAAUGCUGGAUCCUCAGGGAUUUGUUGAUAUACUGGAGAAGUUUUCCUCUUUUACCAUCAACAUUGAAGUUGCCUUAUUCAUAUUUUUAAUGUGUCAUAAUGCCAGGAAAAAAGAACAUUUAGCACAAAGGAUCUCCUUACCAAUUCCAUCUUUAUUUGGAAAGUUGUUAUAUUUAAUUCCUGUGUACUUUGGCAUAGCUGUGAUAUAUGAUGUUGGGUUAACUAUAUACUCAAUUGUGAAAGUCCACAUGCCAGACGGGGACCGGCAAAGCUCUCUUGCGUCUUCCAUACUGAUGACAACAGUAUUGACAACAGAUGUCCUACAUAACUUGACAUCAGUAACUAAAUCAUCACUGGAAACAUCUACACAACAAUAUGUUACAAAUGUGUUCAAUAAUUCAGAUGUAUGAAUGCUAACUUAUUUCACAUACCCUAUAAUUAUUGUCAUUUAUGUGUCAACCUUAUUAAAGGUAUUAGCUGAAAUUUUUACAACUUAAUAUAAUUUAUCUGUACUUAGCUGGUGAUGUGGUUUUGUGAUCUGCAUUCUUAAAUAUAACUCAGGUUAAUAAUUUAUUGAUCUUAAUUACGGUAUGGAAGUUGUUUAUAUACAAUUAUCAUGAUGGUUGUGACAAUUUGAUAAAUACAGAAAUGUACGAUUGUCUGAAAAGUACCGGUAACCAAAUAUUUAGCAUGAUUUCUGUACUAUAUAAGAAAAAGUAUUUAUACAAAAAUAUGUUAUCUGCCUAUUAAACAUGUAACUUAUGGUAUUUAAGUUUGUUACAAAGUAACAAGUUUGUGGUAAAUAUAAAAUUUCUUUGGUUCAACUGACAUAUAAUUUUUAUUUCUCCUGUCCAUCUCUUGUUAUCCUUUGGAUAAAAUUGAUUCUAUCAAUUCACUUCAGUGAUAAACAUAAAAACAGAAUGCAUUAAA